GACUUUUGGAAAUUAACUUGAGGCAAGUUUGACGCAGCAUCUACUUAUAUAGUAGAAAUUGGUGAGACUCAGAAACUUGUACAUUUAUAAAUCUGAGCUGGCUGCUAGCUCUUGCUUCAAUCAUAUAUUAAGUACUCCACUUUUUAGCACAUUUUCAGUACUAAGAUCUCUCAAUGGAAACAGACAUUUCUUUCUUAUCUAAAAGUUCAAGUAGCUCUAGUGAUGAUGAAAUUGGAUUGAGGAGAGGUCCAUGGACUGUUGAAGAAGACAGUCUCCUCGUCCAUUACAUUUCCCAACAUGGCGAAGGGCGAUGGAAUAUGCUUGCAAACCGUGCUGGAUUGAAGAGAACAGGCAAGAGUUGCAGAUUGAGAUGGCUGAAUUACCUGAAACCGGACGUUAAAAGAGGGAAUCUCACUCCACAAGAACAACUCCUGAUUCUUGAACUUCAUUCCAAGUUGGGUAACAGAUGGUCAAGAAUUGCGCAAUAUCUACCGGGAAGAACAGAUAAUGAAAUCAAGAAUUACUGGAGAACAAGGGUGCAGAAACAAGCUAGGCAUUUGAAGAUUGACUCCAAUAGUGCAGCAUUUCAACACAUGAUUCGCUGUCUCUGGAUACCUCGGCUUCUUCAGAAGAUACAAGGUUCAUCUGUUAUCCCAACAAUGCAGACUUCACAAUCAACUUUAUUAUUGGAUUCACAAUAUGGUCCUUUAAAUAUCACGAAACUUACACAAACCCCACAAGUUUUAAGCUUAGAGAAUAACAGCAUCAGCAGCAGCAGAUGCAGUUCGAGUUCACCUUCGUCAGAAUCUAUGAGUAUCUAUAAAUCUCCCAACAUUAUUUCGGAAUGUCCUAAAAUUCCACCUCUUGAGAUGGGUGAUUCUGACUUAAAUUCGUUUGCCCAUUUUCCAUUUGAGGACAACAGUUAUGGUAUGGAUACUUUCAGCUCAGCAACUGGCAACUUUUUGAAUAAUUAUGAUCAAAUGGUGGGUGGAGAAAACAAUCUGAUGAAUGGUGAUAUUUUAGCUGACAGCUUGUGGAGCAUGGAUCAAUUUUAGCAAUUUCAGGAAAAGGGACCUAAAACUAUGGUCAUCUUUCUUGUUUCUUGGGAUUUUAGAACGAAAUAGUGACCUUAUAUCAUGAUAUUUUUACCAAAAAUAGUGAGGUUAUGACCAAUUGUUAAUAGUUGAAAUUGGGUGAUUGAAGCUAGUUUCAUUUUCAA